AUGUCGGAUCAUACAGAGGAACAGCUAGAGAACGGCGGCAGUAAUGGCGGUCAUACGCUGAAACGACAUCGAGAGGAAGACAGUAGUGGCAGUAGUGACUCAGAGCGUUCAAGAGCACUUUCUCUUCCUCCUCUUCUUCCUCGCAAGCGUCGUCGUUUCUCGGACACAAGCAGAGAGAUAAGGGCGCUACAUGAGAAGGUAGAGUUACUUUCCGAUCUUUUGUUGCAGAAACAAAACGCACCUGAGCCUCCAGUCGUGAGCAUGCCUGCGACAGCCCCACAGACAAGUGUCCUGAACUUAGGACAAUGCAAGACCGAGGUCGAUGCGAAGAAGCUAGUGCAACAGGCAGAUCCCGAGAGCCUGAAAACUCUGUGCGAUCUUCAGAGAUUUGGUCUUCCAGAUUGGAAGGAAAUCAGGUAUUCUAAUACUUUAAAAGAGUUCUUAGCGUCUCCAGGAUUUUCAGAAUUAAAGGUGAACGAGGAGCUCUGUUACUUGGAUAAGGCUAAAGAUCCAGUGCUCUCAACGGAGCGGGUCCUGGCAGGCCUGUCAAAUGCGGUUUUAACACAGAGCAGCAUUUUACAAAACACACUGCAAGGUAUUGUAGAAUGGGCUCGCUCGAUUGAGGGAGGAGUGAGUCCAGAAUUAUUAUUAAGCAUGUUUUCCUUGAAUUUCGGGCCAGAAUCCGAAAUGUUUAAGAAUUCCCAGAAGAUGUUGCAGAUCAUUUGCGGCAAAAGAGCUUCAUGCAUCGAGGCAAGACGUGAGAGGAUAUUAACAGAGGCACCUAAUAAGCAGGUACAGGGGGCCUUACGCAGAAUUCCGCCUAGCUCGGAACACCUCUUUGGCAAGGAGAACCUAUCAACAUUAAUUACGUCUUUAGGUGGUGCCCAGACAUGGCUAAAGGAGCCUUCGCACAGCAGUAGCAGGCACGGUAACGCGAGUUCAAGCAGAACUUCCAAGCGCGACAAUUUUCGCACCGACUAUCAGCCAAGACCUUCCCAGGUCUCUGGAAACAAGCCGGACCAACAGAGGACUUCGUUCAAGCCCAGGUUUCCAAAGAAAGACUCAGCAAAACCUAGACAUUCUGGGUCAUUUCGAAAAAAAUUCGAGAAAUGA